CUGUUCGUCAUUCGCGGGAGGCUGGUGAUAAUAUUUCUUGUGUGAAACAAGUUUUGAAAUUGAUUUGCAAAAGGUAUAUUUUUGCCCGUUUUAAACUUCAAGCGUUAAUUAUGAGCUCUGGAAAACAUUUUGGCAAAGGUUCUAGCAAGCCGGCGUUGCCUGAUGAUGGCGUGCCACGCCUUUAUUCCAUGCGCUUCUGUCCCUAUGCGCAGCGAGCUCAUUUGGCACUGCUUGCCAAGCAGGUGCCACAUCACAGUGUCUACAUUAAUCUCACAGAGAAACCCGAAUGGCUGGUGGAUGUGAGUCCAUUGCUGAAGGUGCCUGCGCUGCAGUUGGUCGCCGAGAAGGGUGAGCCGUCGCUCAUCGAAUCGCUGAUCAUUGUCGAGUAUCUGGAUGAGAAGUAUCCGCAGUGUCCACUCUUGCCCAAGGAUCCGCUGCAGCGUGCGCAGGAUAAGAUAUUGGUGGAGCGUUUCAGUGCUGCCACAGCUGCUUUUUAUAAGACUUUGGUAUCUGAUGGGGAUAUCAAUGAUUUCUGGAAAGUUGCCGAUAUAUUUGAGUCGGAGCUGGCUAAGCGUGGUACACCAUAUUUUGGUGGCUCGAAGCCGGGAUUUGUGGACUACAUGAUUUGGCCCUGGUUCGAGCGUCUGGCAGUUCUGAAGUUUGCCGUCAAGGAACGGUACAGCUUCGAUGUGAAGCGCUUUGCCAAGCUGAACGCUUGGAUCGAGCUCCUGCUCCAGGAUAAGGUGGUGAAAUCGUUCUUCGUCAAACCGGAAGAUCAUGUGGAAUUCUUUAGCACCCGACAAGCCGGUAAUGCAAACUACGAUCUACUUGCCUGAGUGCCAGUUAUUCGCUGGUCUUAAUUAAGAAAUUCUUGAUUAUAUGUUCUAUUAAUUUGUGUAUUUUUAUGCAAAAUAUUAAAUUGUACUCAAAUUUUGAUUGAAUCAGUUUUGGAUUUAUA